AAUUCAGUCCGCGCCCAGUGACUGAAGCUUUCGCGCCAAUUACCCUCCUUCUCUUCCUCCCUCCCUCUCAACUAAACUAAACUAAAGCCUUCCUUCGAUCCUGUUCUCUGCUGCGGCUAAUCCACAAACUCUGCAUUGGCAAUGAAACGUCAAUCAUCUAUACUCUCGUUUUUGAAAAAACCCUCGCCGGAGGACCAACGUUCCGGCGGUGCCACAUUAAACGGCAAUCAACCUACUCAUCUUCAGCACAAUAAAAAUGCUCCUCCGCCUACUAAAUGUGCCGUGCUUCCGGCCACCUUGGAUUUGACUGAAGAACCUAAAGGCACCGAUACUCCUCCUGAAAAGGUACCGCGUCAGAUUUUCCCGACCAACGACGAUGGCAGCGGAACUAAGCCUUCAGUUUUCGAUAGCAUUAAGCACAAGUUCGUGAAGUUUCAUAACGGAGAAAAAUUUGCGGAUAGGAACCUGACAAGUGGUGGUACUUUAAUGAUGUCCUCUGUUACUGGUGGAAGUGAAAGAUCAGAGGUACAUGGUGAUGCUUCUUUGGGUUCUAAACUCUUAGCAAAGGAAAAUGCUGUGGGUUUCAAUAGAACUAUCAAACAAGGAAACAAUGGAUGCUCCUCUGUUAUUGUGAUCAAUGAUGAUGCUCCUGGACCAGAAACACCAGGCACACGCCCUUUGGUUCCUCGGUUAAAGCGAGUUCAAGAGGAUGCUCAAGGUCUUCAGGAUAAGGGUGACUGUUCUGCCUUGAAUAUGAACAAGAGAGUUAAAACCCUGCAGGAUUCUAUUACUGUUAGGAAGAACCUUGAAGAGGUGUCUGAAAUGACUAGUAAGUUUGAAUGGCUACAUCCUUCUCGAAUCAAGGAUGCGAAUGGUAGAAGACCAGGUGAUCCUUCUUUUGACAAGAACACACUGUAUAUUCCGCCUGAUGCUUUGAGAAAAAUGUCAGCAUCUCAGAAACAGUAUUGGGGUGUCAAAUGCCGAUAUAUGGAUGUGGUGCUUUUCUUUAAAGUGGGGAAGUUUUAUGAGCUUUAUGAACUAGAUGCUGAUAUUGGCCACAAGGAGCUUGAUUGGAAGAUAACCAUGAGUGGCGUGGGAAAAUGUAGACAGGUUGGCAUAUCAGAAAGUGGGAUUGAUGAUGCUGUUCAGAAGUUGCUAGCUCGAGGGUAUAAAGUGGGGCGGAUUGAACAACUAGAGACUUCAGAGCAAGCUAAAUCCAGGGGUUCUACUUCUGUUAUUCAAAGGAAACUUGUUAAUGUACUUACACCUGCCACUUCAAGUGAGGGUAAUAUUGGGCCUGAUGCGGUUCAUCUUCUUUCCAUAAAGGAGAGGUGCUUGGAUAUGGAGAAGGGUUCCACUGCAUUUGGGUUUGCUUUUGUUGAUUGUGCUGCUUUAAAAUUUUGGGUUGGUUCAAUCAGUGAUGAUGCAUCCUGUGCAGCUUUGGGGUCUUUGUUGAUGCAGAUAUCUGCUAAGGAAGUUAUAUAUGACUCACGAGGACUGUCAAAAGAAGCUCAGAAAGCUUUGAAGAAAUACUCGUUAACAGGAACUGCUGCCCCGCAAUUGACCCCCAUUCAGCAAGAUGCAGAUUUUGUUGAUUCUUUAGAAGUGAAAAAUUUCAUUCAGUUGAAGGGAUACUUUAAAGGAUCACUUAAUGGGUGGGAUCAUGUCUUUGAUGGAGUAAUGCAUCAAGAUCUUGCAUUUUGUGCUUUUGGUGCACUUGCCAGUCAUUUAACGCGGCUAAUGUUAGAUGAUGUUUUACGUAAUGGCGACAUCCUUACAUAUGAAGUCUAUCGAGGUUUCCUUAGAAUGGAUGGACAGACACUAGUCAAUCUUGAAAUUUUCAGCAAUAGUGCUGAUGGUGGUCCAUCAGGGACUCUGUACAAGUAUCUUGACAAUUGCAUAACAUCAUCCGGUAAGAGGCUUCUAAGGAGCUGGAUCUGUCAUCCAUUAAAAGACGUCGAUACUGUUAACCUCAGACUUAAUGUGGUUGAGGAACUUAUGACUCAUUCAGAAACAAUGUCAUUUGUUGCUCAAUACUUUCGUAAGCUUCCUGAUUUGGAAAGGCUGCUUGGACGUGUUAAAGCUAGUAAUCAGUCUUCUGCAGAACUUCUGCUGCCCACAAUUGGGAAAAAAUUAUUGAAACAGCGAGUUAAAGUGUUUGGAUCACUUGUUAAAGGGCUGAGGAUUGGCAUGGAUUUGUUGAUGUUAUUGCAGAAGGAAGAGCAGCUGAGCUCUUCAUUAUCCAAAGUCUUCAGACUGCCAGUUUUACAUGGUAAUGAUGGGUUGCAUAAAUUCCUUACCCAAUUUGAAGCGGCAAUUGACAGUGACUUCCCAAAUUACCAGGAUCAUGAUAUAACUGAGUCCAAUGCUGAAACCCUAUCAAUUCUGAUGGAGUUAUUUAUUGAGAAGGCUACUGAAUGGUCGCAAGUGAUUUAUGCCAUUGGUUGUGUUGAUGUGUUAAGGUCUUUUGCCGUUACUGCGACAUUUUCUACUGGAGCUAUGUGUAGGCCAAUAAUCUUACCUCUUUCAGAGUCAACAAAUCUUUCCUACGAGAAUAAGGGACCAGUGCUGGAAAUGAAAGGAUUGUGGCACCCCUAUGCCCUCGGUGAAAGUGAGGGGCUGCCAGUUCCUAAUGAUCUCCAGCUUGGUGGGGAGACAGAUUACUACAAUCGUCGUACUUUACUGUUAACUGGACCAAAUAUGGGUGGAAAGUCUACUCUUUUACGUGCCACUUGUCUGGCUGUUGUGAUGGCCCAGAUGGGCUGCUAUGUGCCUUGCGAGGCAUUUACUCUCUCACUUGUGGACAUCAUCUUCACUCGUCUUGGUGCCACUGACCGAAUCAUGACUGGUGAAAGCACAUUCUUUAUAGAGUGUAGGGAGACUGCAUCAGUGUUGCAAAAUGCCACUCAGAAUUCUCUUGUUCUCCUUGAUGAAUUGGGCAGAGGGACAAGCACAUUUGAUGGAUAUGCUAUUGCAUAUGCUGUAUUCCGUCAUCUUGUGGAAAUUGUGAACUGCCGCCUAUUGUUUGCUACACACUAUCAUGCUCUGACGAAGGAGUUUGGAUCCCAUCCUCAUGUCAUCUUGAAGCACAUGGCCUGCUCAUUCAAAUCGAAUCAGAAGCUUGUUUUCCUAUACCGGCUGGCCUCUGGAGCCUGCCCGGAGAGCUAUGGAAUGCAAGUAGCACUGAUGGCCGGGAUCCCAAAACAAGUGGUUGAAUCUGCAUCCAAGGCUGGUAAAGUAAUGAAGACAAAGAUUGGAGAAAGUUUUAGAUCAAGCGAACAGAGAUCAAGCUUCUCAACACUUCAUGAAGAGUGGUUGAAGUCUCUGGUACUCAUCUCCAAGUCAGGAGAGAGCGAGCUUGAUGAGGACACAUUUGAUACGUUGUUUUGCAUGUGGCAUGAGCUAAGAAGCUCAGAUGGAUUCCUCAACUCAGCCGCAUCGCAUCAGUAGUAAAAUCCCUAUAACAAAACCAACCCUGUUUGAGCAGGCUAGUGAUAAUUUUCCGGUGAAUAUAUUAUUAGGUGUACUGGGGCUGGCUUUUUUUUACUUUCUAAAUCGAGCCAGAAUAGAAUAGAGCUGUCGUUUCGUGUAUAUAAUUAUCAGUUCGCUUUCAAAUAGA